AUGAAAGAAAUUGAAAUGUUAAACAAAUUAAAGCUAUCAAUUGAGUCAAUUUAUCCAAGAUAUGAUUUAUUAUCUAAACCAAUUUUGGAUAAAUAUUACAUGACAAUUAGGAUUGAUAAUAUUUUAAAUGAAUUACUUGAAACAUUACAAUUAAUAGAAAAUUGUAUUGAUU